CGGGUGGGCACUUCUUCGUAUAGUCCUCCUUACCCCCCCCCCCCCCUGCACCUCCUUUAUCCCCGGCCCCUCGGCCCCUCGGCUCCACAGCGACCCGGAGCCUCGGAGCGUCACAUGCAAACAUGAGCGUCCUUCCGUGCAGCGUCCUCCUCGUCCUCGUCCUCUGCCUCUCCGUCCUCUCCGAUGCCAAGCGGCAGUCUGGUCAGGCCAAACCCGACAAACCUCGGCAGCCUCCGACCGAGCCCCCCCCGGCCAAGAGGCCCAGGAACCGCUCGGUGCCGGGCUCUGGAGAGCUGACCACCAAGGAGGGACACCGCUGCACCUGGGAGACGUCCGGAGACGGCCUGGUGAGCCUGGUGGUGAACUGCAGUACUGAGACGCUGGGGGAGCAGCAGAGGUAUUGGUGCCGUUACGCCGGCAAGCCGGACCUGUGCCAGGCGUACGGCGUGAAGUCCAGUCAGUACUGGAAGCAGCUGGUGGGGAAGCUGAAGAAAAGACAGAACGCCUGCGACGGAGAGAAAGUCCUGAAAGCAAAAACCUGCAAGAAGGCGCCGGCCGAGGCCCACAUGAAACUCGCCCAACACAGCGGAGAGGAGGAGAGGAAGGCCGGGAAGGAGGGGGGGAAGAAGAAGGGAGCGUCUGCCAGCAAGAAUCAAGACGGAGGGAAGACCGAGAGGAAGAAGAAGAACGAGGAGGAGGAGGAGAAGAAGAAGAAGGAGGAGAGGACUGGCUUGGAGGAGGAGGGCGUGAUGAACGACAUGCAGCCGGUGCAGAGCUACUGCAGCGAGGGAUGGAACUCGGUCUGCUCCUUCUUCACCAGGUUCUUUGAGGGUUGAUGAGAAACGACGGAUCAGAACCUGAACAACAAGGAGGAGACGAAGGUUCUUUAAAUCAGACACGUUUGAUUUUAAAGUUAAACAAAAAAGAAAUGGUGCCUCCAUCUAAUUUACAACUUCAUUAAAACGUAAAACCGAAUUAUCCAUGAAAUCAAAUUCAUCUGUAGUAAAUGAAUCUGAUUUAUAAUUCAUGACAAACGCCUCCAGUUAGUUUCAUUUAACAUCGUUGAGUUAGUCGUAGUUAAUUUUGAAUCAGAUGUUGUGACUAAUAAAUCAAAUGAGACGAUGAUGAUGAUGAUGAUGAUGAUGAUGAUGAUGAUGAUGAUGACACUAGUGAUCAGUAGAUAUAUAGUCAAGUUCUUUAAACUUCAUUUGUUUUGUGCAACUAAUCCUUUCUAUAAACUUUGUGUAACUUUUG